AUGCGGCCUGUGGGAAUCGCUGCUUUUGAAAACUCAAAGCGUAAACAACAACAGUACUCGGACCUCAGCAAUGCCCUGAUCGAGUCGCAAACUCGCGAGCUCACUACUCAGCUUGAAGUUUUCCGUUCCUCUCUUGCAUACUUUGCUGUCUCUCAUGCCCAUGAAAUUCGUACAAACCCUUCUUUCCGCACUGAGUUUGCGCGCAUGUGCGCCACCAUCGGCGUCGAUCCUCUUGCAUCAUCAAAUACUUCAUCUGCCAGUGGUGGCUCUAUGUGGGCUUCUCUCUUAGGCAAAGAUGUCAAUGAUUUUUACUAUGAACUUGCUGUCAAGGUCAUUGAAAUAUGUCGUGCCACUCGUGACCAAAACGGCGGCCUGAUACCCGUGUCUGCUCUUUGCGCACGGCUUGCACGCGCAGCCCCACCCGUCGAAGCUUCGCCAGACGAUAUCGAACGGGCAGUUAAGUCACUACGUGCUCUAGGCUCCGGCUUUGAAGUUGUCGACGUGGCCGGAGCUUCUUAUGUCCGGUCUGUGCCAAAGGAACUGUCCCAAGAUCAGGCAGCAGUCUUAGCGGCUUGCGAUGCCUUGGGAUGUGUUACAGUCGACCUCUUACACGAUAACCUACAUUGGUCUCCUGCAAGAUCGCAAACGGUGCUUACUGAUAUGGUGGCCAGCGGCACACUGUGGGUAGACUCGCAGUAUCAGGGCGGCCGCACAGCAUACUGGGCACCUUCAUGGGUCGAGCGGUUAUAA